UUUCGGGAAACCAAGAUGGCGACGCCUAUGCACAGAUUGAUCGCUCGUAGACAAGCAGAAGCUAAUAAACAGCACGUUCGAUGUCAGAAAUGUUUAGAAUAUGGCCAUUGGACCUAUGAGUGCACUGGAAAACGAAAGUAUCUGCACAGACCCUCAAGAACAGUGCAAUUAAAGAAGAGUUUGAAAGAAAAACAAAAUAAACUCGCAUUGCCACCAAGUGGACAAGGAAUUAUAGAAAACAAGAUGAAGAAGAAAAGGCCUCAGAGUGUUAGUAGCAGCAGUAGCAGUACCUCUUCCACUGAUUCUUCUUCAGACAGUGAAACAUCAUCCAAUUCCUCCACAUCAGAGAGCAGCAGCAGUGACGAUGAAAGUUCCUCGACUGACACUUCCUCAUCAUCAUCAACGUCGUCAUCCAGUGAAUCAUCUUCCUCUGAUUCAGAUUCUGACUCUAGUUCCAGUAGUAGUAUUAGCAGCUCUGAGGAAGAGCCACCAAAAAAGAGGCGGAAAUCGUGACAUUGUGACUUUGAGUUGUGGCAAUUUCAAAUUGAUGUUUUCUUUCUUUCAAAACUGUAGAUGUAUUCAUUUAAAGGCAAUUAAACCAAGAAACUAAUUUCUCAUGCUCAGAAUUCGCAUAGACAAACUAUUGAUCAGAUUUGCAGUAUGUGGCUGACGUUGAUCUGCAUAUUUGGUCUGUGGUCCUUUUUCUUUAAAAAUGUAUAUAUUUUCUCUACAGUGCACAUGUUUCUAUUGUCUGAACUCUUGUAAAUGAGUGGAAGAACGUGCAGAUACCAAAGUAGUCAAGGUAUCCAAACUGUAAGAAAUAAAACUGUGGUCUGUAGAGUAACCUUUACCGUACAGACAGCAGACCAAGUGGCCCCAUUUAUUGGUCAGUCCUUUGAAAAACCUUGGUUAUUUAAUCUGUGCAGUUUUAUCUGUUUUCUUUUCAGAUGUUUCUCUUUCUCUUUUAAAUGUAGUUAUAGAUUGUCCUUCUAGUGUUUAUUGGCAUAUUUCACGUGUAAGCAAAUAUGUAGAUAUUAAAAGAAAAAUUGCCUAAGUUUUCCUGCUGUUCUUUUGGUGGCAGACUUGAAAUUAUGUUGAUUUGUCAGGCAGUGGAAGUAGAUUUUCUUAAUUACCUCAUCAAACGUCCUUAAAUGUUGAAGAAAGCCAUUAUAUUUUCUCCUUGUCCUUGCCCUUACCUUCAUUUCUUUCAGACAUAGGGAAUCCUGUUCGCAGGAAAAUAAGGCAGCAGCAGUCUUUCACCUUUUCUGGUUGCUAUGCUUGUGUAGUUUCCAAAUCUGUCUCAAAAUUAUAAUUAAAACACAAUACAGGUGGAUUCCAGAAAUCCAAAAUAAAAGUUGAAAAAACAGGGAAAAAUCUCGACAGGACUGGCAACACGUGUUGUGAGAGAAACAAAAGUAACAUUUCACACCUAUGAGCUUUCAUCAGAACAAGGAAAAGUUAGAAAUGUCAGUAAGUUUUAAGCAACAGAAGGUUGGGCAAGGACAAAAGAAAGUUCUAUGGAAGUGUGGAAGACAGGAAAGUUCAAAUGACAAAAUGGUGAUGGGGCAAUCUUUUGACUCUUUUCUUGCUUCAUCACUAUUCCCUUUGACCCUGGAGAUCUGAUUUUCUCUGACAAUCUUUGCUUUGCAUCACACACCUUCCUUUUGUCGUUGUCCAACUUUCUCUCUGAUUUUUCAUUCUCUCAAAACAUGCCUAACCUGCUUAAUCUUUAUCAGCAUUUUUUAUUUACAAAAUUAUUCUCACCUGCCUGUGAUUUUCAUUUUUUUUAAUUGUUGUUUUAAACCAUAAACACAUCAAACGAUAUGGAAGUUAGGCUGUUUAGUCAACAAAUUACCGUGAUUUUGAAGUGGAAUCAGUGCAGUUUUUCCCUCUCCUUUGGCUGUGAAGGGAACGGGUAUUAGAAAUAUUUUCAGUUGUCCAUUGUGAAUCAAGUACUUGUGGCCUUAACAGAUACAGAGAAGAAAAACUGAAUAUCUACAUUCAAAGAGAAAUGGAACUUCAUUUUCAUUUACAACUUACCAGUCAAUUAGCUCCCUGCAGAUAUAUCAUACUGAACAUAAUUUUUCACAGUGUCAAAUUUUUAAAAACAAAGAUAGCAUCUUAAAAUUAAAUAAUUCUAAAUGUGGCCAUCACUGAAUUCCAGUGCUUGUGUGUACUCCUUUUAAACAUAAUAUCUUUUACCCGUACUCUUAUGUAUUUCAUCUAGUGAGUCCAUGUUUCCUUUGUACACUGUUAAGGAACAAUGCCCUGAAUAGUGUAUUGAGCACUGCUGAGGUAAAGCAAACAUCCAGUAUAAUAAUUCCUACAAAGAUGUUAUAAAAACAUAGCUACACCUACACCUGUAUAGUAGUGUAUUCAAUGUUUGAAUACCAGAACAUAAAACUAUUUUUAGUUUCCAUAAUCUGAAGUAUGAAGUUAGCUCAGAGGUUUAUUUUAAUUGAACAAGUUCAUGGUUUUUUCUCUCUCAUCCUUCCUGCAUUCUCUUUCCAGCAGGUUUCUCUUCCACGUUCUAAUGCUCUGUCUCAUUCAUAUCCUUUGCAUCAUGAUAUAUUUUUGCCAAGAUGAAAAAUAUUUAACCUGUCACAUGUCUAGCAAUGCUGAAUGGAACCAACCUGGCUUAUGAUUUUACUGUUACUUGCUGUCAGCCAGCUUCCUGUAGUUACUGACUCCCUUUAGUGGUACUCCUGUGAUCAAAAACUCUGGUCAAUUACUGAUACUAAUCUACAUCCACCUAAUUCCUGACUCUGCUCAAUUAACAUUUUAAUGUAAUAAUGCAAAUAUUUGGCCUAGUUUUCAGAAAGCUAUUUUGCCUUAUGAAAUGUACUUGUAUUUCAUAAUAUAGGCUCAUAGUUUGUCUGAUUUUCAACACAUCUAAUUUUAGAUACUUGUAUGAUGCAUUGCACAUCAAAUUAAGGUAAAUGCCAACUUUUAUUUACAUUUACAUUGUUUUGUACUAAGUUGCUUUGUUGUAACUUGUAAAUCACAGCUGAAAAUUUAAUCUAAUCAGUUUGAUGCAAUGGCCCAUUUCCUAAUCAAUUAUUGGAAACCUAAAUGUGUUUAAAAAUAUUAAACUUGAAAAUGUAAUUGCUUAACAUUUUUUCAUAAAAUCUGUAUAUUUUACAGGACUCAUCUUGAAGCUGCCCAGUUAUUAUUCUUUCCAAGUUUUGGAGCAGCCCUGUCUCUGUUUUGCCAUGUAGCUGAUUCUUUUCUGCCAAACUGUGUUGCUGCAUGCUUCGACAAGUAAGAAGGUGUGUUUUUGCAAGAUUCAUUUUCUUUGUUCUUUGCAAUUUAGACAUGAGAAUGCUGUCACCAGCAGCUAAAUUAUGAAGAGGCAUGAAAUGUCUUGUCGUUGGUGUGAUUUGAACUAUUACCGUCUCAUGACCUGAAAACUGAAAGCUUGUGUAUAUAAUUGUUAUAUGGAAAUUUUGUAUUUUAAAUUUGCUUUUGUGAAUUUAUGCAUUGAGAAUUUUAAAUCUUUCUCGAAGAGACUUCCUCUUGCAUGUUACGUUACCUUGGCUACAGCAAUCUUCUACAAACUUAAGAAAUUUAACUUUAAUACCCUGUUAAGCCUGAACUGUGACUGUUUGCAAGUUUUAAAAUUGCAUAAUGGGAGACAGUAGACAACAUAGCCCAGUCUUAUUGUCCUUGAGCAACAUUUCUAUUGGGUCCAUUGAGAUGACCCCACAUCUUGCUUGUGUCAUCCAACUCCACACAAGUAAACAAUUGACCACAAGAUCCUUCUAAUUUAAAGUGCUUCAUUUCAGUGUUGUGAAUUUAUUCAUGCAUUCAAUUACUGUAUUAAAGCAAACUUUAAAAUGGUUUCUCUUUGCUUUAGUUUUUGGUGAUAUAGGCCCUUUUUAAAAAUCAUUGUAUAUUAACUUUCUAUGGAGGGACAGCCUAUAACUUAUUUAAAGCACUCUGCAGUAGAAACUCAUCAACAUUGGCUGUUUUUUUUCGUAUGUUAAAUAGUUUGUCUAAAUCAGAUUUUCAUAUUUAUAUAAAUCUUUUAAAAAGUGUUUCCAGUAUUUUAGUAUGACGUGGGUAAACAUUCUAAAACCAAUUGUUACUUCUGUGACUGUAUUAAUUAAA